AUGUCUCAAGGGUCCUCCUCUGUCCCUCCGGCUAGUCCAACUGUUGAAGAAAGCCAGAGACUCGUGCGCGAAUUUAUUGAUGACAUCCUAAUCAACAUCUUGGAUCAAGUCUCCCUCUCACCAUCCGAAAGUAGACCGUCCAUUACUCUUCGUCGCAGAUCUAAUCAAACACAAUGCACGAUCAACUCACAAACCAGGGCUCUCGAGGCACGUUUGAACGACGUGACAUAUCAUUCUUACUCAUGGCCUGGCAGAACACCAUUUGAGUCAUGGAAAUUCACAGUCAUUAUUCGCAUUCUAUCCAUUAUCGACGAGGCUAUCUGUACUGAGCAAUUGAUUUCCAAAAGAGACAUCUACUACAUCGACCCAGCAUACUUCAAAUCCCAAGCCACCGUCAACGCUGUAGUAGAUGACCUAGCCUUUACGAUUGGGGUGGAUAGAACAUUCCUCAACAUUGAGGCAGCCAGCAAGGGUCUCGUCGCCGGACGUUUCCAAUUGGAACGAGAGUCUCGAGUGAUUGUGGAUGCUAGUAGCGGCGAAGACACAAUGAUCCCUCGAGUACAAGGCAGCGAUACCAUUGACAUCGAGGGAGUCCGCUGGGUAUUCAUCAUCGAAAAAGAGGCUGUUUUCCAUCGAUUGGCUCGAAGCAAUUAUCCCAAGCGAGCCAUUUCAGGAGACGGAAUACUGAUAACGGGAAAAGGCUACCCCGAUGUUAGCACACGCGAAUUCGCACAUCAGCUUUUCAUCGCGUCCAGAAGAUAUGACAGACCACCACACUUCUAUGCUUUGAUGGAUAGCGAUCCACAUGGGAUGGCUAUCAUGUCCACGUAUAAGUAUGGAUCAAUGGCCCAUCUCCAUGAAAAUGCAAGGUUGAGCCUUCCAGGCUUGGAAUGGCUCGGCGUCAGGCUCACGGACGCCAUACUGGCGUCGGAAUCACCCGGUGCAGGUCGAGUCCUCUCUCUGACGGCCAACGACCGCAGGAAAAUUCUCGCCAUGCUUCGCAAGAACCCAGUCUGGGCGAGUGAUGGACCCGAGCGAGAGUGGGUCACAGAGCUGCACCGUAUGUUGCUGCUAAAUGUCAAAGCGGAGAUUGAGAUUUUGUAUGAGCGCGAGGGUGGUCUCGAGGCAUGGAUUGACCGCAAGCUUUUCCGUCAGGAAUGA